CACUAUGAGGGGAAAUCACAGGAGCUGAAAUUAUCUGCAGAUUUUACCCACAAUGGAACUGAAGAACACAACGCCUGUGUCACUGUUCACUCUUUCUGGAUUACAGUAUGAAACAAAGGAAAGCAGAUACGCCAUUUUCUCUGCAUUGUUAUUCUGUUAUUUUUUUAUUGUGUUUAUCAACAUGACACUAAUUGUCACCAUCCUCCAAGAAGAAUCGCUCCAUGAGCCCAUGUACAUUUUCCUGUGCAAUCUGUGUAUUAACACACUGUACGGAACAGCAGGCUUCUACCCAAAAUUCUCAUAUGACCUACUCUCUGAACACCACGUGAUCUCAUACACUGGAUGCAUCUUACAAGCAUUUAUCAUUUACCUCUCUGUUAUCGUAGAUUUUUCCAUUUUGACAGUUAUGGCUUUUGACCGAUAUGUUGCCAUAUGCAGACCACUGGAGUAUCACUCCAUCAUGACUAGCAAAAAUGUUGCCAAAUUAGUCAUAUGGUGUUGGGUUCCCCCUAUUCUCUGUGAAUGCAUUGUGGUUUCUUUGACUUCCAGAUUAGCCCUAUGUGGGUCACAUAUUGAUAAACUCUACUGUGAGAACUGGUCCAUUGUUAAGCUCUCCUGUUCUUCAACAACAGCUAAUGAUGUUGUUGGCUACAUUAUAACAUUGGCAUAUUUGUGUCAUGUGUUUUUUAUCAUCCAUUCUUACGUCAAACUGAUCAGAACGUGUUUGAGGUCCAGUGACGGCAGGCAGAAAUUCCUACACACGUGCUUGCCCCAUUUGUUUUCACUGACUAAUGUAACCGCUGCUUUACUAUUUGACAUGCUAUAUAUUCGCUAUCGAACAAUACGUUUCCAACAGGGUCUACGAAAUUUUAUGUCAUUGGUAUUUUUGAUUUUCCCUCCAAUUGUCAAUCCUCUGAUUUAUGGAAUACAACUGACCAAAGUUCGAGAGGCAGUAUUCAAAAGAUAUAAGAAACAUAGUGCAGUUCAGUACUGACCAAAAAUUUUCACAGUGUGUCUGAAUGAAUGUCUGUUCUGAAUAUGUCCGUUUCUGUGAAUUCAUAUAUAUUUUUGAACCUUUUUUAAUGCAUAGUCUAGUUACCAUGUUCCAGCAUGAUGAAAAAUGUUUACAUAUCUUGCCCAUGCUGGACAGUGUUCUGCAUGCAAGCAAGUGAAAAUUCUCUGUACACAAGUGACUGAAAAUAUGUUCUCUAGACAAAGAAAAUGAAAGCAUGUUCUGCAAAUAAGUUGAUUUAAAUGUAACUGCAAUUUGAAACUAUAAACUGCCAGUAAUAAUUACUGGUGUGUCCAGCUGUAUGCCCUCAUUAGGCAAUGCGAUGCAUGUUUUACUCAGAUCAACUCAGAUUUUAUUUAUACAGCACAUUUUGUACACAAUUAAAUUCAGUGUGCUCCACAUUAAAAUCAAUAUCACAGAAAUUUUGCAUAACUCUAUGUUUUCAUAAUUUGGGCUAGGCCCCUUAGUUCCAGUGAAGACAAAUCUCAAUGCAGUGAUAUUCUAGACAAUUGUGUGCUUCCAAUUUUGUGGCAACAAUUUUGGGGAAGGCUCCUCCCUGUUUCAGCCUGACAAUGCCCCCGUAUUAGGAUUAGUAUUAGCUCAAUGCAAGGGUUCACACGUUGCUGCUCACUAGGACAUUAAUUUUCUUGUACAAUUUCCUCAGAUACAGUUACAGCAAGUACUCGUUCCCAGAAACAUCUUAGAAAGUAUUGUUUACAGCAUCAGGUCACAUUUUCUGAAAUAGUUAGUUACAUUCAGAACAGACCAUUCACCUUAGGUUUACGGCAUUAAUUCUUAAUCAUACUGAUGCAAUAUGCUAAUUUUAAUAUUCACUGGAUAAAAAUAAUAAAACAUUGGUGACAACUCUAUUGCAAAACAGUGUGUACCUUUAUGUAUACCACUGAGCCCUAUACCUGCUUGUGUGACUUUCAACACAUUUACAGCAUAACAUUGUUAGUAAAAUAACAUGUCAACAAGCAACAAGACGACCACUUGGUAGAUUCACCAUCAUGUACACAAUAUGUAAGCUAAUCUAUACUCUACUUAUAAACA